UGCAUUGUUCUAUAGUUUCCAGCAGGAAAUCCCAUUGAUUUUCGUCAUGGAUAUUUUACUGUUUUCGAUGAUGUCCUUCCCACUAUUAUCAGGAACUGGUAGCUUAGCCGACACAUUGAGUGUUCAGGGAAAUGUUCCUUUGGCUUCUUUCGUUGGUGUGUCUGCGAGGCUAACAUGCUCCUUCUCGCCUACAAAUCCUCCUUUGGACACCGGGAAAUGGAUUUCUCCUGCUGGCGUUAGAAUCGGAUCAUGUUCAAGGAGCCAGUGCUCAACGAUCUCGCCGAGAUAUCAGCUUUCUCUUUCUACGACUGGUUAUACUGGAACGAUGGAUUUUACACUAAAUCAUACCAACCGGUCAGAUUUUGGGCCUUAUCAGUGCAUUGUUUCGACUUCCGGGGACACUAAAUUAGCGUCGUUGGAUCUGAAAAUUAGAGAAUGCCCGAUGCGAUUACCGAUGAUUGCUUGUUCACCUAGUGUACCAUUUAACUCUGGCAGUCCAUUGACCGUGCAGUGUUCGGACAGAUUCCACGACAAUCGUAGCUAUCACCAUCAGACUCGAUAUGUGAUAAUUCAUGAACCAGGACCUUCUACUCUACACUAUUCAAGGGGAGUCACCAAUUCGUCUUUGCUGACUGAAACUGUGAACAUCACAAGAAGAAGCAUUCCAGACGCCAUGGAAGACCAACGUCUGCAAAUUAUGAGCCGGUGCUGCAGGAUUGAGGCCACAUUACCCUGCCUAAUUGCAACUGAUGGAGACCUGUGCUCCAAUGUUUGCACUACCACAGUCCUCUAUCCACCUUCCGAUCUCGUCUUGGCCCAGUCUCCCCUGGAACCAUGGCGGGAAGGAUGGCGGAAUGCCUCCUUGACGUGCAGAUCUAAUGGCUUUCCACCACCCCGUGUCUCCUGGAGGAAGGUUCAAGAGGACACCUCACCUGGGAUUGUCCUGGCGAACGGGACAGGGUCGUCCAGGUUGUCUUUCAGGGAGCUGGAUCGUGGACAGUCUGGAGUAUAUCGGUGUGAAUCCCAUGGCUACUUACAAAGAACAACAGCAAAAUCAUUUAAUAUGUCAGUACAACAUCCUCCUGAAAUUGAUCGCCGGAUAUCCUCCGUUCACGUAAACGAAGGAAUCGUCGCCACACUUCCGUGUAUCGUACACGCAAAUCCUUCGACACCGUCAAUGAUCACGUGGCAUAAUCAAAACCAAUCACGCAUCGUCUCCGAAGACCCUUUCUUGAUCGCCCUGGUCAGUCUGGACGGUAUAUCAGGACGCUUGGAGAGCAAACUUUCUUUCAUAGUCGACAGAAAAUUGUUCGGCAAUUAUUCAUGUACCGCCAAAAAUACUUUAGGAUCAGAUUCCCUCAUUAUUCAGCUUUCGGGGUACUCCUAUCCAGACUCCCCGUAUGAUCUUCAAGUUAUCAGCUACUCAGAUACAUCCCUCACCCUCUCUUGGACGGCUGGGCAAGACGGUGGCUUGCCAGUCACCUUUACGGUUACUUACUGUUCCAACAUCUCUCAAGUUGAAAGGGUGUCCAAGAUGAAGCAAGCUAUACCGACGACACAAGUUGUGGUGACAGAACUCAGAAGCUAUACAUCAUACAGCAUAUCGUUGAUCGCUGUAAAUGGCGUGGGCAACAGCAAGGCUGGCGCUGAAAUCAUUGCGUCUACUGCUCCGGGAACCCUUGCAUUCUACGGUAUCACAGCAAGGUACGAGAUGGCGAGUGGAAUUCUAAAACUAUCUUUUUCUGAACUACGUCCACUUCCACCCGACCUGUGCAUAUACGCAGAGUUCCACGUUGGUGGAUUUCGACAUCGGAACGAAACAUGUUUACGUCCGGGUCAGAUAGGUCAUAUUCAAAAUGGCGCACGAGAAAAUCAGCUGUGGCUCGUCAUCUGCGGAAAGGGUGUUUGCAGUACACGAUCAACCGCGACGUAUACAGAUGGCGAAACUGAUUUAUGGAGACUCAUGGUCAUUGUGUUACCUGUGUUCAGCUGCUUUGUAGUGUGUAUAUUGCUGGUCCUUCUGGUCGCCUGCAUUCGAAGGCUUAUUGGAAGACGACGAAUGGCUUAUCAACUGGACGCGAUUCAGCCUGUGAAAUCCCCCUCCGAAUGUCCGGCCAGGAUACUUCCGUCACCACCUACCAAGCGUUCUGGAGAUGCCUCAGAGUCGCCCAAUACUCCUGAAAGUACAGAGACAAUAAUUGGUGAAGGUUAUGAGAUGAUGGAAAUCAAAUGUGCGGACAAAGUGCCACCGGUUUCAUACUUGCUUCCUGGUAGAGCACCACCAAGUGUUAGCAACCAUCCACAAAGACCACCUUCUGGAGACGACAGGGCGUUGUCUGCCAGCAACCAAGGGUACGUGCCUAUGGACAACACAUGUCUUGAAGGAAUAUACAUGACUCAUCUGCACCAUGAUCUCCGACCAGAGGUGGAGGAUGAAAUCACCUCCGGAAGUGGAGCACCUGACUUGAAAACCUUUCCCUGGACAAAGGAAGGUAUAGCCGACGACAGUGACGGCGACGUCAAUGACAUCGACAGUUUAAAUGAUACCUAUGCUGUGGGUGAACAUGGUGAGAGUGAGGUUCUUCAUCAUGAAUACUUGAAGGCUUCUGGGAGUCAAGCAUCUAUGUUUCUUGAAACCGCGCUUUGACAUGCUAGGGGUUCAUCAUGAUGACUCGCAACGUUGGCAUAAUGCUUGUCGACGGCUUCAGCACUCUAAUCCACGGGCCGUGGAACCGGGGCGGGGGUGGGUGCAUCGGAGUGCUUCAGCCUACCCUUUCUUUUUCAAAAACAGUGUACAUCUGAUUGUGACUUUGGUGGUAUACCCAGCCCCCCCCCCCCCCCCCCAACGCACACGCACACACUUUUGCUUUCUUCAAAGCCGUUUUGCCGCCCCUGUAAGACAUAAUAUUCUUCCCAAUGGUUAUAGGUCUGUUGGUGGUGAUUAGGCGCUGAGAUGAUUUGAAAAUUAACAUGUCAGGUAAUUGGAGCUAAUGUUGGAGGGAUUGAAUCAUCAAUCCACUUUUUAACUCAAGGUGUCCCACAAUGUUCUGUAUCAGGUUCCGUCUUGUUUAUUAAAUAUACCCUCCAACGAAUAAAUGAAAUAUAAGGACAUAAAAAGGGUUAUUUCCAUGAGGAUGAUAUACGGAAUUAUUAGAGUUGAAUAGCCUUAAACUGAGCAGUGCUAAAAGACGGAUUUUUUUUCAUAUUCUCACGUUUACGAGAAACAUUAAAUCCAGUCCUAAGAACCUUGCAGAAGUGCAAUUCAAGCAAAUGGAUUUUCUUUUUAAAUCUGGUGGCCCAAAAGAAUGUUUCAAAAAAUUAUGACUAAAUAUUACUCGUAUUUUUUUUUUCAAUUACACUUUGUCAAAAUGCGUUAAUGAGGAGUAUAUAUGAAUUCUAUCAAUAUAUUUUAUGACGAUACAACUUGUAUCUUUUAUGUAUAAUAAAUUAAUACAUAACAGCGAUAAUAACAAAUAUGAAAUGUUUAUAAAACUCGAUUCUUGCUGCAUCACUUACCUUACUUUUAUUUCAUUAUAACUGUCCAGCACCUCUGUUUUAUAAGGUUCAGAGAAAAAAAAUAGCAUUUGGAACAAUUGGCAUACUUUUCACUUGCAACUUCAGGGUCUUAAUGCUGGGUGUGCAAGAUGGAGGGGGACGAGCCGACGUCAAGUUGACGACUUCUUAAAUAUCAUAAAAGGGUUUUUUUUAUAUCAUAAAAGGGAUAAUAAUCUCCCUUAUACUUUUCUUCUACCCUUUUCCCCCCAAUUCUCUUUUUCCGCAUCCCAUUUCUCACUUUGUAACUUGGACAUGUUAGAAUAUCACAGCGGUCCCUCCUGCUCCCUGUAACAUAACCCCGGUCGCAGAACUGAUUCCUACUCUUACCUCACGACGACGAUGACGACUACUACUAUUACUACUACUACUAAUAUU